GGUCAGGUAUUAUUGGACUUGAAGAAAUCAAUUGAUGUUCAGCAUAUUUCACUUCAUUUCUCGGGUUAUAUUGAGGGGUGUGGAGACAAAGUUAUUUUAAUAAAUGAAACAAUCUUAUUAGCGAAACCGAAAGAUGGGAAGAAAUAUACAACAUUUAAAUCAGGUCAACAACGUGAAUUUGAUUUUGAGUUCAAGAUACCUUUAAAUAAAAAGCUACCAAGUUAUUUCCCAAGUAUUCCGAAAAUUGGUACAAUAUCUUACUCUCUAACAGCUACACAUAAAAAACCGACGUUUAAAUUGUCCCAUACACUUUCAUCAGUUACAAAGAACUUGCAGAUAUUGGAUAAAAUUAAUAUUCUAGAAAAAGGAUAUUGUACACGAAUCACAAAGACGAAUGAAAUUGGAUUUAUUAACGAUAAUAAAUUGGCACAAUGGUCUUUAAUGAUUUCUAAAUCUGCUUUUAUUCGAGGUAAACAAACAAAUAAAGAUAUGCAACAUUAUUAA